AUGGACCCCCACGACGAUCCGAGUACCACCACAACUACCACCGACUACGACUCCGGUGAUAGCGUGAGUGUCGACUACGUCUACGAAGGCCAGCGAGUCAUCGAAAGACCGCCCGUCAAGGGGAAGAGUCCAAGGAGAAAACGGUCGCCCAAGGCCAAGUCUCGUGGUGGUCCUACCAAGUGCAUCUGCGGGGCCGGGGCCGGGGCCGGUCAAGGAGAAGACGACGCCGAGAGUACUGUGUUUGAGGAAGAUUCGGAUACCGAGGAGGAACGCACCAAUUCUCCGAAACAGCCAAAAGCCAAGCACUCAGGUCCCUGUGCCGGUUCGGCUUGUAAGGCAAAGAGCCUACAACAUGGCAAGGGCAAGAAGAAGGCCACGACGGCAACCACCACCACUGCCACCACCGCCGCUACCACUGAGACUCGGGCUCGACGUGCUCGGACACCAUACAUCGAGGAUUACCCGGAAGAGCCCCGCCGACCCGCCAUUCUCUUGAGGGAGCACACGAUUUUGCGACGGGGGUCUACCUCGGACGUGAAACGUGUGCGUGACUCCGACGAUGGCUCGUCGGUGGUAUCUCGCAACAGGUCACCGAUGGGGAAGAAAGCACAAGGCCGACUGGCCCACAGGCCUUCGAUAGAGCCCGUCGGUAAGCCAACCAAGGCGACGGCCAAGCACCACAAACGGCAUUCCGGUUUACGCGAUCCCAUCUCAUCUUCCGGCUCAGAGAUUCGCGGUCCCCAGUCGGACUCGGAAGACAGUCACCCAAGUCACCCAAGAGCCCGCCACAUUCGGCAGAAUACCGCGCCGGAUGUGGCCUCUAUCGUGAGCCGAAGCUCGGCGUGGACCGAUCCGCCCCAGAUCAAACCUUCUUCUUCGUGGCCCCUGCGUGCCGAAUCACAGCUCCCCCCGAGAAGACUUGAACGCCGCAAUCACGAUUACGAUUCGGAGGAAGAGCGUAAGGACUUUGUCGAUAACACACGUCACCACUGCCUGAGACAAAUCAGAGCAGCACCGUCUUUCCACCACCGCGGCCGAGACAAGGACCACGAGCCGUCUCAGGACAUGGAGCGCUGGACAGCACCGCCCUCCGAGUAUGACUCCCGAAUACCCGAGAGAGGCCCGCGCCUUCGUUACCGCUCCCGGUCCAGAGUAGCCCCCAGUCACGGUGACGCCAGCAUGGCCACAAUAGACCAGGGCUACCGCUCGGUCGCGACGUCCAUGUGUGAGGUGUGGCGUGGCAAAGCCGACGACUGGGAGUCUCCCUACGUCUCGGUCAACGAGAGCGACUUCGAGUCCGACACCGAAAAGCGCCGAAGGUUUCCACGAAUGGAAGACCUCCCUUCACGCCGGCCUUCUCCUCGUACCCUCCCACCUCGUGGCGACGCCAGAGACUUUGGCUUCCGCGCAAGAAACCAUUCCCCCCCUGCUUACCGUCAUCGCCCUCACUAUAACAACCACUCCUCCGCAUACACCGACGAGCCAGGUUUCGACGCGAGCCGCACCCUCCCCUGGGCGGCCUCCAAGCGCGACGGCAUUAUCUUCCUCGACGAACAACACCCCCUUCCUGCCCUGACCAUGGAGCCAGCCCCCAUGUGGGGUGACGACGACGAAGACGAUUACGCCGACAGCGAGCACGAGGGUGACGCGCCCAAUCCGCGACGUCUACCCCCUCCCCCGUCCUCGUUCUCCUCCUCCACACAGUCCCGUGGUCCCGUCCUGCCCCCGGUAUUCUCGGCGAGGGAAACUAGAGAGUUCCUUUCGCCGAAGCCGACGAGGGCGGUGCCGGCGCGGUUUGACUUUGAUGCGUGGGGGUGUGGCUGGGGUUCGCGGAACGAGUUGGAGCUUGUCUUGCGGUGA